GAGCUUUUAGGCGGCCGCUCUACCCUCCUUGAUGUCAUUGUGUGUAUUAUUGCUAUUCCCAUAGUCUGUCGCGUCAUGACGAAAAUUCAUAUCAAAUGGCCAGUGACAAGUCACGUCUGAAACGCCGGCGCAAACAGGAAAGGGGGAAAACAAUUCCUGAAGAGCCAAACGAUGUGCCGCAAUCGAAAUCGCUAUCCCGCUAUGACAUCGUUGAAAACUGGCUGGAGCAAACAUCUAAACAUAGACACCAAGCAGAGGUGAGAGGUAGUAGUCGCAUAUCUGAUCUAUUUAGACCAAUAUCCCCACACAAUAAGCACCUUAGUGGUGUAGAUCCAAAAUGGAGCUCUCGUCACAUCCUUCCUAGCGACAACUUUCGCCAAUCGGGUCCUCCUUUUCGGGUCCUGGGCCUGGUAGAUUCAAGGAACUCCACGCGAAGACGGCCCGCCCCUAGCGAUAGCUCAUUCAUCAGUGGUUUUGAAACUUCCACGAAGCCUCCUGGCUAUGAUCAUAUAUCCAUUCGACAGGAUUGCGGAAGCACCCCGCCGGCUAAGCCUCCAAGGGAACUAGAUUUAAACCCUAUACACGCUUCAUCCCCUACGUUUCAAGUAGACGAGCCAGUGAAGUUCGAAAAAAAACUGAGGCAUAAGACGAAAGAAGACAAGUACGAAACGAAGAAAAAGAAACGAACUCGUGAACGGGACGGCGCUACAGGCCAGGAUGACCCCCAACGAAAGAAGAAAGCCAAGACCGAGAAGAGGAAAUCCGCAAUAUCCAGUAAAAAUGUUGUGGACAAUUUUUCCUCCGGUGCUGUGCUAAAUAACCGUAUCACGGUGCAACCACACCUGAAGCCUGGCCUAUUUGACAACGGGCGAGCAUCAAAGAAACAGCCUAUUUCCGAUUUGGCCUUUUCCGAAAUGCAGUUUCUGAAGAAACAAAGAAGGAGCUCUCAGCCAAAAACAUUAUCCAAAUCCCGUCUAAGAGAGAGACAGCGAGAGGGUAGAGAGAUAGAGCAAAUAUCUUCCUUUUUCUUACCCCAUAGAACAGAUGGGAAUACACACAGGUUAAAACAUAAUGGUUCAGGCGAACGUGGUGACGGCCACGGUCCGGGACAUCAAAGUAGACAACUUUCGGCCACAUACUGUCAGGAACCUUCCAGAUCACCUUCUUCAACCCACUAUUUACGUUCCGAACGCAAUCAUGCACUUCGGUCCCCUCGGGAAGGGAUUCUAGGACCUAAUAACGUGUCUGUAUAUGAAUCUAAUAAUUGCGACAAGAACCCGGGAGCGAAGACUACAUAUUUCACAUGGUCUAGCAGUCGACACUCGCCCGAAAAUAAUAAGAAGGUAGACCGGUUAAGCUUAAACGAAUCAGGGUCAGAGUGGCCGACUACUCCCGAAUCAAUCAGAAGAGAUAUCAUAGCGACGGGCAUAUACCGUAGCACUGGUAUUUCUCCAUACGACGAGGAUUCUAUCCCUGAUCGAAGGUUGGGAAGAGCAGCUCAGAGAAAUGCCCAUUGGAUUGACCCCACAGGACCUGGAGACUAUGAUAAAAGCAUACAGGCUGAGACCAGUGAGACCAAGAAGGUAAAGUAUCGAGAUCAAGCCAUGAUGACCGAUAGUCCCUCGAGACACCUCAAAGUAUUACCAGACGAGCAGGUAAUGGGAGACGGCCAAAGCUCCGGGUCCCAUGGAGGCACUGUUCGGCAAACACCUUGCAAUUCUCCAGUUGAUCGUCAGCAAAUUGUCAACGACACUCGCCUCCGCCCUAAGGAUAAUGGUAGCUUAAGACAAGACACUAUCAAAUCUCCGUCUGUGCGGGCCGUUGAGUUAACAACCGCGCACAGUAGUUCCCCUUUUUCGGAAAGAAGAAAGAAUCAACCUCGAGGGGUACAAAGUGAGAAAGCGAUCGAUCAAGCGUCGAUAAAUUCUAGAGAAGCGAUGCCGCCUCCACCUAUCCCAUAUAAUGGGAGGGAUACUUUAAGUAGUAAAGAUGGUAUACAAGCUUCCCAUUCUAUCAACUGCAACGAUGGGUCACUCAAUACUCCAGAGCGGGCUGAAAGUCAUAGCACACCUACUUCCUCCGAGUUAAACUCUACUUUUGGACGAAAAUUGCCAUCCCUUGACGCUGUGUCUUGGAUACCCCAGAGAACGCCUUCAAGCACGAUGACUAAAAGUCGGCAUGCUUCGUCCAGACCGAUCGUGAACUCGCCCAUCUACAUAGAUCAAUUGAAAGGGGAUCCAGUUCUAGGCACCUCCCAAAAGAAGCCAAUAUCUCAGUCGCAGGGUUUUGAGAAUAUAGAAGAUAUGGCCGAGUUCAUUGCCAGAAUAGAGACUGAGUCGAAGCUACAAGAGAUUACACGCGACUAUGACAAUGCGGGCUUGGAGCCAGCCCUAGACGAGGCAGCACCAGACUAUUUUCAGUCGAAUCCAAGGCUAUCCAUCAGUAGCGAGGAAGUGGAAGCGAACCCUGGUCUAACUUCCAUCACAGGGGACUCGAGGACCCAUUCGCUACCAGAGGAAGAGAUUAGCGAGGCACAUUAUCCGCAGUACGAUAUUGGAGGUCUAAAUACACCGCAGGAAGGAUUGCGACAGGUUGACGAUUUUGAUGAAGAACGUGCACAGAUGUCGGCCUUUUGGCGUCCGAACCAGUUCUUUCAAUAUUGACCUUUAUACUAUAACCCAAGAUAUGGAUAUCAUAUUGUAAUUAGCGGUAGAU